CGCUGGGUCGCCUCGGGAGGCGCCGUAAUCACCGCCUAGGAGGAAGGAGGUCGGCUGUUCCAGGAGCUGCUAUGGUGUUGAGUUCCUCGGUAGCGCCGGCCGAGCCGAGGCGGUCGCGGCCAUGAAGGCGGGUGCCACAUCUAUGUGGGCUUCGUGCUGUGGGCUGCUGAAUGAAGUCAUGGGAACCGGAGCUGUCAGGGGCCAGCAGUCAGGAUUUGCAGGAGGCACUGGCCCUUUCAGAUUUACACCAAACUCUGAUUUUUCCACCUACCCACCAGCAACUACGGAAGGGCCUAAUAUAGUUUGCAAAGCCUGUGGACUUUCAUUUUCAGUCUUUAGAAAGAAGCAUGUGUGUUGUGACUGCAAGAAGGAUUUUUGCUCCGUUUGUUCAGUCCUGCAAGAAAAUCAUCGUAGAUGUUCUACUUGUCACUUAUUACAAGAGACAGCCUUUCAGCGCCCUCGGUUGAUGCGACUAAAAGUGAAGGAUCUUCGGCAGUAUCUCAUUCUUAGAAACAUACCGAUAGAUACUUGUCGAGAGAAGGAAGACUUGGUAGAUCUAGUACUGUGCCAUCAUGGACUAGGCUCUGAGGAUGACCUGGACACAAGCAGUCUGAAUUCUUCACAGUCGCAGACUUCUAGCUUUUUUACACAGUCAUUUUUUUCAAACUAUACAGCCCCCUCUGCUACGGUGUCUUCCUUUCAGGGGGAGCUUAUGGAUGGAGACCGUACCUCCAGACCCGGAGCGCUGGCACAGGUACAAAGUGAAAUAGCUUCAGCGAACACAGAAGAUGAUGAUGAUGAUGAGGAGGAGGAGGAGGAGGAAGAGGAUGAUUUGCAGGAUCGGACCCUUGGGCUCUCCAGGAAGAGAGUAAGAGCUUCGCUGUCUGACCUGUCGAGCCUGGAAGAGGUGGAGGGGAUGAGCGUACGCCAGCUGAAGGAGAUCCUGGCUCGGAAUUUUGUCAACUAUUCCGGCUGUUGUGAAAAAUGGGAACUGGUAGAGAAAGUUAACCGUUUAUACAAAGAGAAUGAAGAAAACCAAAAGUCAUAUGGCGAGCGGCUGCAGCUGCAGGACGAAGAGGACGACAGCCUGUGCCGCAUCUGCAUGGAUGCCGUCAUCGAUUGCGUCCUACUGGAGUGCGGCCACAUGGUCACCUGCACCAAGUGCGGCAAGCGCAUGAGUGAGUGUCCCAUCUGCCGGCAGUACGUGGUGCGAGCUGUGCACGUGUUCAAGUCCUGAAACCGAGGCUCUCCCCAGUGGGACACGCACCCCAGACUCCAUCCCAAACAUUUCAGUGCACAGAAGGGACUGGAAACGUGCAGUUCAGAGGCAGAAGCUAUUUUUAAAAAAUAUUUUCAUUACUAACUGGGGGCAUAAAGGUUCAUCCUAAGUUGAAGAAACAUUGGUCCGCGCCACCACCUGCCUGCCUGCGGACACGAGCGUCCCAGGUUUUGCCGGGCUUUAUCACGUGUCCCUGGUGAGCACUAAUUGUUGAAGUCAGACUGUCCAUAUGUGGGCAUCAGCUCCUGCUCUCUGGAGUACUUACCCCAUUCUCGUAUUUCCCCUUCAUCCUGUGUUCACCACUUCUUUUCUCUUCGGGUGAGGUAAGCUGUCUACGGUGGCUGAUGUGGAACAUGCUGAGCAGCGGCCCCUCUGAAUGUUCACUUUAUUAGUUAUGUAUAUUUUAAAUGCUAAUAUUUGAUGAAUGUAAGUUUCCACAUUAUUGCUAUUUCUGCGUUUAAACAUAAUUGGGAACAACUGACACUCUAGUCAACUGUAAGGGCCUUAGAUUAAAAAUGUCCAUUUUUGUUCAGGAACAGUGUUUUAUAGCAAGGGCUGCAUCUAGCUUCGGACAUUAGGAGUGUGUGUGCUAGAGUCUUUAUUAAUGUGUAAUCAGUUUACACUGUUUUGUAUAGUGAAGGUGUAUUUUUAGUGCUACCUGCUAGCUAAUUUCAACUUUAGGAAUAAAAUUAGAUUUAAAGAAAAUGCUUUAGUUUACAUCGUCUCAGUCAGUUCGUGAUUCACUUGCAUAGUCUGAAUGGUAUUUGCAACCUGGUCUUAGCACCCUCUUCAGAAGAGAUGAGAGCACCUUCAAUCAUAACAAAGUGCAAUGCUUAUCUUUGCUGCUUACUUAAACCAGAAAAGGUCAAGUAAUGCUUAGCUAUUUGCUAUAACCAGGUAUUGUGCUGGAUGCUACGUAGUUUCCAGCAGUUCUCAGCAUCAAUCUGAAUAGAAGAUUAAAGGACUGAGAAGUUAAAGGACUGUACAAAAUCUCAGUUAAAAGGUGGCUGUGUCAGGAGCUGGGGUGCAGUUCAGUAGUGGAGCACUGUGGUUUAGCAUGCACAAGGCCCUGGGUUCCAUCUGACACUACCAGGGAAAAAAAAGUGGUCAUGUCAGAAUUUGAACCUAGCUUGGAUGUUAGUUUAUUUUAACCUCUCAGUACCACACAGCAAAUAAGAAAGUUGAGAUAUUAGCUUAUGUAGACAAGGUUCUAGAAUCUUUCCUCUCAGGUCUAGUUUGAAUCAGGGUGUGCUUUUGGUUGAGACCAGUUGUGGAUUCUUCCCAUUAGUAAGGGGCAGAUGUUUUUAAGAAAUGGCCUUCUCAUGAAGUCUCAGGUUGCUUACUGACUGUGCAGUUGUUAACUCAUGCCCUUAUGUACUGGGGGACCUAUUUACUAGUAGACCUGAAAAUAGCUCUGGACUCAGGGAGGCAGAGAGUCUGUCCUGGAGCUUAGGGCAGAAGUUUGGCUAACUGAAGAAAAACAUGCUCUUCUGCCUUUUUUACUUUUGAGGGUCAAAGCAUGUAAAUCAAGGCCUUGAGGGUAUUUUCAAAUGCAGAGCCCAGGCUGGGUAUCUGCCUGCCACAGUCAGCAGAUCAUUUCCUGUGCUUUGCUGCUCACUCCUUGCUAUAGCUGCAGGGGCACUGAUGCCUUGUCUACAUGUCAACAGUGAACUCUUGAAAUUUAAUAUUUUCUCCCAAAUCCCUAACUCGGUGGUGGGAAGCCUUUAAAUUCAGGCCAGCAAACAAUGAUACCUAAAUUUAAAUAGAAGCAUAGAAGCAAAACAGCAUGUGCUGGUUUUGUCUAAAGUUAAAUUUAAAAAUUCAGAUUUAUUUAAGUCUCAACUUAAAACAGGCUUUUUACUGUUUCCUUUUGGAUUUAUAUAUUAAGUCUUAGGUUUAGUGGUGGAUUUGUUUUUUUAAGGUAGUGCUGAAGUCACUUAGUUUAGUGACAAGCUGACAGAGCUGUUUAGUGCAACAGGAUUGACAAGGUACAGACAGCCCUUUGUAUCUGUGGAUUCAACCAACUGAGAAUGGAAAAUAUUUGAAAAAUUAUACUAAACAUAUACAGACUAUUUUUUCCUUGUCAUUAGUUCCAAAACAACUAGUUGUUACAGCAUAACAACUAUUAUGUAGCAUUUACGUUGCAUUAGGUAUCAUAAGCCAUCCAGAGAUGAUUGGGAAUGUAUAGGAGGAUGUGUGCAAGUUAUGUGCAGUUGCCACACCAUUUUAGUAAGGGACCUGUGUCCCUGCAGACACCAAGGGAUGACUGCAAAUUUGUUUGGCAAAGGCAAGUUGCAUGUUUGAAAUGGCAUGCCUCUUUACAUUAAUUUCUUGAAUAGAUAAUGUCAUAAGGAUAAAAUUCUGCAGGUCCACAAUGGGAUACAGUGAAGCACACUAACUUUCUCCUCACAGUGGGAGAGCAGUCAUUUGAAGCUCACUGUACCUUCCUUUGCCAACAUCAGAGCAGAGCCUCUCCCAGGCUGGGGUUAGGUUAGGGUUCCAUGCGGCAAGCCUACUCAACACGUGAGCCUUGGGCUUUUGCUACUAUAUCCGGCCAGUGUGCGUGCCCACAGCUGUUGGCAGCGUGUAGCUUAGGUUAGCCUCAUCUGAAGCUUAUUUUUAAAAGGUCUGUACACAGAGACCUCGGACUUGCAUUGGGGUGAAUCUUUCAGGGCUGUUCAGUGCUCUUGGGGGGAAGCUCUCCUGUGGCCUCCCUUGCGUACCUGGAAAUAUGGUGCAUCAUUACUGUCUGUCCCAGUGGUGGCGUGGCCCUCUAGCAAUUGGCAGCCCCUCUAGAGGCACCUUUUGUAGAGCUGUGUGCUUCAAGAAGCCUUCCAGGAGAGGAGCUGCCUUCUAACCUGCUAUAUUGUAAGCAGUCACAGCUGCAGCCAUAAGCCUCAAUGUUGGCUGCUGACAACUAACUACAAGGGCCUCUGAAAACCACACUUACCCUUCAAGCUAUCCCCAAGGAAGAGAAUAACCCAAAUAGCAAAGUAACUAACUGUCUUAUUUGGAAGUCCAGAGAACUAAGGCUAUCAAGGAAACAGAACUUGUACCUUUCCAUAUUGAACCAUCAGAACAGCAAAGGUAAGUUACAUUUUCAUAAAUAAACCAUAGAGCGUUGACCAACCUUGAUUCUGUUAAGCGGAUCACCCGAGUUACACUGAGGGUGCAGUGGCUUCAGUGUCAAUUUGCCAGAAUGGCAAAAUAAAGUAAAGGUGGGGCAAAUAAAAAACCAGACUUGCUGGGCAUUGUGGCACACACCUUUAGUGCCAGAGACAGGGGAGGCUGAUGCAGGAGGGGCUUGUCUCACGGGCCAAGGUUUUAUGUUGUUUUGAUUACUGAGAAAAGAAGCUGGUUAUCUUCCUCAUCUUCAGAUUUGCCACAGCAGUCAUUUCUGUAUGUGAUUAUGAGGUUAUAAGACCCUGUUUAAAAGAAAAUUCUGCGAUCUAAAAUUAGUUCUCACUAAGAAGCCAGGUGUGGUGGAAUACACCUAUAAUCUCAGUGACUUGGAGGCUGAGGCAGGAAGAUGACAAAUUUGAGGCCAGAUUCAGCAACUUAGUGAGACUUUGUCUAAAAAAAAAAAUAAAGGCUGGGGACGUGGCUUAGUGGUUAAGCACCUCUGGAUUCAAUCCUUGGUACCAAAAUUAAAAAAAAUUAUUCCUCACUAGUUUUUCUGCCUGUCACCUGGGUAGGUCACCAGAUAACCAAGUGUCUUCCAGCCACUCUGCAGGAGGGGAACCUCUCCUUGAGUUGUCUUCAGUGGGAGACUGAGGAGAUGACGCCCAAAUCUGGGAAACUUCUAGGGACAGGUGAUGCCAUGCUGCCACGGAUGUUGUCUGGCACAGGUAUGACAGGAGGCCUCCACACAGGAGAGCCACCCCGACCCUUAGAGAAACUCUGUUCCCUGAUUUCUACAUUUGGCCAUUAUUGUAGCGUAGUUCCUUCCUGCGACCUUUACAGGCCAGAAACAGCUGAAGAAGAAAAAAUCAUGUACUAUGAGGUUGCUACAUUUUUCAGAUUAAUGAGAAAUUAUUUAUUUGGUCUCAAAACAACGUAUAAUAGUAUUGAGACUCUAUUGACCCUGGGAUUUUCAAUUAAAACUUCUAGUCCUCUCCUCAAACAAAAACCCCCAAACACCAAGAGUGAUUUUUUUU